CGUAAUGAGGAGAGAGAGCGGCGGCGGCGGCGGCGUUAAAGAGUGCCAGAUGGAAAAGACCGGCAGCGAGUGUUUCCAGAAUCAGACGGAGGAAUCGGCUCCAGAAAGUAAAACGCUACCAGAGUCACAGCAGCAGCGGCGUCCAGAGCAGAGCGGGAAACUCAACACGAAGCCGACAGACGCCGGCGACGAGGCGGAGGGCGGCGGCGGCGGCGGCAGGAAGACGAAGCCGCCGCAUAAACACGACUGA